CAAGUGCGUCCCUUUGGAGCGUUGCUUCCUUAAACAAAACCCUAGAAAGAGAAAGGCACGGCACCCAGCAGCAGAGCAGAGAAGAGGAGAAGAGUAGAGAAGAGAGGGCUAUUUUUACCAUGAAGAGGGGAGAGCCAUGGGGUCAAUUGGAUCCUUCAUCAUCUGAUGACUCAGACAAAGAAUCAGAUUCAGGAGAUGAUGAUGGGUUAGGAAGUACAAAGCCAAGUGAUAGAAGUGCAGCUCGGUUAAUGAAAGUUGUUACGUCGAAAGUCAGCGUUAAGAAGAAAAGGAGCAGCAGCACUAUAGACUAUGAAGCUUUAAGCCGGCAUGGCUACAGUGGGGGGUUGUCGGUCUUGGAUAUGCCUCCUCCAAUGGGGGCCAAGGAGGACAAAGAGCAAGAUUGGUCUUGGUCGACUGGCAGCAAAGAUGGCAAGGGAAUAGAAGAAUCUCACGAAGAGCGUGAGUGUACCAGAGCUGCAAUAGCUGAAGGUGAGAAGCUGGUAAACGUGCAGACAAGGAAGGAGCAGAAGAACCUUUCUUUCUCACAGAAGGAGAAGAGGAAGAGGGAACUGGGUCAGGCUAGCAGGGGGAAGAACUAUGUCGAGGAGGAAAAGAGGCUAUUGAGGGAUAGUGGCAUCUACUCCGGCUUUGAUUCUUGAAACACCCCACCCCACCUUGAAGAGAGCUUCUCGUGUCCCUGCCCCACCGGCUAGCAAAGCGCAUGACGACAUGGCGAAUUCCUACCUAGUUCUAUCUGCCUUGGAAGUGCUUCCGUUACACACUAUUGUGUCCCCAAAAGUGUAUCUAUAAGUGGGGUGUGCCAACUGCCCAUAACAAUAUCCAUUUCAAAUUUCGUAAUCACUUUACCCUGCA